AUGGCCUCCUCGCCGCUCAUCGAGAACACCGACCCGAUGGACCUCGGUGCUGAGCAGCUGCACCGCUCAGACGAGAUCUGGUUCGACGACGGCAACCUCAUCCUGCAAGCCGAGAACACCAUCUUCCGCAUCUACCGUGGCCACCUCUCAGCCCGCUCCUCCGUCUUCAGCGACAUGUUCGGCUUCCCACCACCACCCGAGGGCAACCACACCAUGGACGGAUGCCCCAUUGUUCAAGUUUACGACUCGGCGCAGGACAUGACCUACUUUUUAAAAGCCGUCCUCUUUUCCGAAUUCUUCGAGCCUCCGCCAUCACCGACGACGCUCGACAUCGUCGGCUCCGUCCUCCGCCUCGCCACAAAAUAUGACGUGCGCUACCUCCGCAUACGCGCGCUCAACCACCUCGUCUCGACCUACCCGACCACCCUCGCCGGCUGGAAAAACCGCGACAGCACCCGCACCAUUCCCUCCAUCGAAAACACGCCCUUUGCCGCUCUCAACCUCGCCACCGAGUUCGACUUGCCGUGGCUCGUGCCCUCGAUCGUGUACUGCAUCUGCAGCCACGACCUCGCCAAGACGCUUGAUGGGUGCGAUUGGCAGGGUGGACGGGUUGAGCUUAGCUGGGCUGAUAAGCGGCUGUGUAUUAACGCUCGCAACAAGCUUUUGCUCGUUCAAAAUGCACAUGCGCUGUCUAUCGUAAAGCAUGCCCGCGCCCCGCCUAACCCCGCUGCCAACCCCGACGAGGACGACGCCUCACCAAAAUGCACGAGCACCACGGGCGACGGGUGUCACCAAAUCCGCUUGCGCUGUGCGGACAUUUUGACUCGAUGGGGCACAGCGGGUUUCCUCGACUUCUUCGACGAGCAGUAUGACGCCUUUGCGUCGAGUUUUUGCAAGGUUUGCUUGGACGCGUUUAGGGAGAAGCAGGAGGGUGCGGUACAGGAGAUGUGGAGUCGGUUGCCGAGGAUGAUGGACCUUCCGGGGUGGGAGGAGUUGGAGCGGUUGAGGGGGUUGGCGAUGGCGUAGAGGUGUGGGCCUAGAUGUGGUCGAUUGCGUUUGGGAUGCCGGUUCCGUUGGGGUUGCGUUGGGAGGAGUGUGGGUUGGUCGGGUUAGGCUGGGCAGGGUGGGUGGUUGUUUGGGAACGGCUACCUGGGCAUGGGAGGUCUAGACUUGGACCGCUCCCUUUGCUCGUGACCUGUCCCCGCUGAAUUUUGCGGCGAGGUGUGGAGUGUGUGGAGUCGGCUUUUUUGUCAUGGGUAUCCGAAUCUACCUUGGUCUUGGCGUGUUUCGGUAUACCCCAUUCUAUCCUAUUCUAUCCAACCCUGUCCUAUUCUAUUCUACCCUAUUGUUUCUUUCUGUUUGGGUGAGCUGGCCUCGCAUUCUACGCUUUUGAUAUCCUCGUUUCGUGUCGCUUUUUUGUUGUUGGUGGUGGUGGUGGAGGGUGUUGUGGAUAAUCUUAGCUUAGUCUACCCCUUUUUGUGUUCGUCGAUAUCCCAUUUCACCUUCGGCUACGCCUACGCACUGCUUUUCAUCUCGAGUCGUCGAUUACAUCUUUCAUCUCGACCACACCUUUCAUCUCCACUACGCCGCCUAUACUUCGUGCCUCCUAAUCACAUCGCCCAUUCUUGAUCACCCAUCGACUUGUACCUCGCGCACCUCUGUAUAUCGUAGUACUUACCCUGUAACCUAAUCUGCGUAGCGGUUUGAACCGUGUUCACUUAAUCUUAAU